AGUUUCCGUCUCUCCGCGUCCUCUAGUUUUCUGCACUCAACUUAGGCUGCAAACAGACGCCAGGAAUUAGGAUAUAUAUAAUGGAUACAAAUAAUUCAGAGGCAACUACAAGUGGAGAGGCUACCACCGUCACCGGUGAUCCGAGGGAGUUGUGGCAGUUGCAGCUGCAACCUGAGUCACGACAAAGAAUUGUCAACAAGAUAAUGGAUACACUCAAAAGGCACCUGCCAUGUCAUGGCCAAGAGGGAUUAAACGAAAUCAGGAUGAUUGCUGCAAGGUUCGAGGAAAAGGUUUAUGCUGUUGCAACAAGUCAGUCAGAUUAUCUAAGGAGAAUAUCACUCAAGAUGCUUACACUGGAGAGCCAGUCCCGGACUGUUUGUGUUGCUGCGAAGAGAAAAAGAGUUAUGGCUCCUUGACUGCAGUAAAGACAAUUUCCCAUGCCUUGCAUUGUGACACCUUUGUCUGCCCCUGCAGCCAGUCAAAAGUGACUCAAGGGCUGUUUCAUGGCAAAAUCAGAUGAACUAUAAGUUCCAUUAGGAAUGAGAAAUGUACAAUGUCAAUAGCUUGCCAACAAACUUCAUCAAAUGCUGUUGUCCAUGAAAACGAUAAACUUGAUGUGCUGGAACAAUAUCCUAAGUUUGCCAAAUCAUAUCUAAUUUUCACAACCACGAAGAUAACUUCGAUGUGAACGUUGAUUUUGUUGA